GAGUGAAGUGCUCAUUUUUAGCAUUCCUUGUCCAAUUGGCUUAACACUGAAUUAGAAGGGAGCUUGAACGAAACUAAGCGCUGAUCAUUUCGAGACCAGUACUUUCAAGAUAAAGGGGACAACGUGUGUGGAAAGGGCCAUCAGCUUUUUGCAAGUUCAAAUCCAGCAGCCACAUAAAUCUCGAAGGAGCUUAUCAGAGAGAACAGGGAAAUACAAGCAAUUUUGCAGAACAUCAGACCUCUGGAUUUUUGAUUCUACUUUUCAGAAAUAUAAACACUUAGAAGAUAUCAGGAUGUUGGCUAUGAUGUUACUGACGGUGCUGCUGAUCAGAGCUGGGUGGGCUCAGGAACUUGAUUCAGCGGUGUCUUUUACGCAGUGUUCUGAUGGAUAUCGUUUGGACCGUUCAUCUGGACAAUGCAGAGAUAUUAAUGAGUGUCAAACCAUCCCGGAUGCCUGUAAAGGGGACAUGAGAUGCAUCAAUCACAAUGGAGGAUACUUGUGCUUGCCAAGGACUGCUGCUCUCGUCCUGGCAAAUGGACCAUCUAAUCCCACGUACCCUGCAUCUUCAUCGAACGGGCGCACCGAAACUUCUGUCUACCAACCAGCCUCAAUACCCAGGUAUCCUAUUCCACCGAGAUCUCUGGUCUGUCGUUUUGGCUACACCCUGGAUGAGAAUAACAACUGUGUGGAUAUAGAUGAAUGUACAUCAGGAACCCAUCAAUGUAAUCCUUCGCAGAUCUGCAUAAAUACUGAGGGAGGCUACAGCUGCUCCUGCACUGAGGGUUAUUGGUUAGUAGAGGGACAAUGUAUGGAUAUUGAUGAAUGUCGGCAUGGAUAUUGUCAGCAACUGUGCGCCAAUAUUGCUGGCUCCUACUCCUGCCAGUGUAAUGCUGGAUUCCUACUGAACGCUGAUGGGAGAUCAUGUCAAGAUGUCGAUGAAUGUGCAGGAGAGAAUCCUUGUAGCCAGCAUUGCAUCAACACCUAUGGUUCCUUCCUUUGUCGCUGUGAUACUGGAUAUGAGUUAAACUCGGACGGAACAGGCUGUGAGGAUAUCAAUGAGUGCAGUUUCUCAGGUUUUCUCUGCCAGCACCGAUGCAUCAAUGAGCCAGGAGAUUACUUCUGUACCUGUCCUGAGGGCUACACUAUGUACAAUGACAACAGGAGUUGCCAAGAUAUUAAUGAGUGCGAGGCUGCAAAUCACACAUGUACAGAAGAGCAAAACUGCUACAACAUUCCAGGAGGAUAUAGAUGUCUGCAGCCAGUGAAAUGUCAAGAUCCUUAUAUACAGUUGAAUGAAAAUCGUUGUAUGUGUCAUGGGGAGAACCCAGGCUGCACGGAACAGCCAUUCACCAUUUUGUAUAAAUACAUGGACAUUGUGUCCGGAAGGAACGUGCCCUCAGAUAUCUUCCAAAUGCAGGCCACGACACGCUACCCAGGUGCAUACUACAUCUUUCAGAUCAAAUCUGGGAACGAAGGCAGAGAGUUCUACAUGAGGCAAACAGGGCCCGUCAGUGCCACCUUGGUGAUGACCCGCCCAGUCAGCGGACCAAGGGAAAUUGUACUGGAUCUCGAAAUGGUCACUGUGAAUACUGUCAUCAACUUCCGAGGGAGUUCAGUGAUCAGGCUGACUAUCUUUGUAUCUGAAUAUACAUUUUAAACCCCUGAUUUUCCGGGGGUCGCUGGGGUCCAACAUUUGACGGUUAUUCAGCUCUGUUUGUUUUAGUGAGUGAAUGAUUCAUUUAUGUCGUUGUGACAGAAGAAUGCUUUUUGUAAUGCAUUUCAACUGUGUAGACUCUUAAUUCUGUUUGUUUUUUUUCUUCCUGGCAUGGACAGAAAUAUUUGUAUGACAGCCCAUAAACAAAGAUGAAAAGCCUUGAAGCCACAAUAUAUCCAUUAAGGCUUUGAGAGUUCUUAGUACUUGUUUUGAAACAGUAUAUUCAGAAAGAGUGACUGUAUGUGAAGAGUUGGGGGAAACAGCAAGAGUAGAUAUUUUCUCAUUCAGGAUAUGAGUGAGGCUGGCAAGACCACAUCAAGCUUGAAACUCAGAAAAGGUAGUGGUAAUCCUUUUCUCUGAACUUCUGAAACUCUUGGUAAAAGUACAAUCCUGAUGUCAGGUGGGAAAUUCGAGGAUUUUGACACAACAGCAAUGAAAUAAUGGUAACUUACAGAGUCAUAGAGAUGUACAGCAUGGAAACAGACCCUUCGGUCCAACCCGUCCACGCCGACCAGAUAUCCCAACCCAAUCUAGUCCCAGAGCAGCUAUACUAGAUCAGUACCUGGAAUGAGUGGAUUGCCUUAUGAGAAAAGGCGAGGUACACUAGUAUGUAUCCUCUGGAGUUCAGAAGAGUCAGAAGUAACUUAAUCAAAACAUAAAAGAUCCUGAGGGUACUUGGAUGGGUGGAUGUUGAAAGGAUGUUUCCUCUUGUAGGAGAAUCUCGAACUAUGGUUCAUAUUUUAAAAAUAAGGGGGUCGAUCAUUUAAGACAUGAUGAAACAUUCCCUUCUCUCAUUUGGUUUCUCAAAUGGUGCAGAAUCUUUAAACAUUUUUUGGGAAAGAGUAGAUGGACUCUUGAUGACCAAGAAGGUGAAACAUUAUUGGGGGUAUGCAGAAAAGUAGAAUCAAGGUUAAAAUCAGAUCAGCCAUGAUCUUUUUGAAUGUUGGAGCAGGCUCGAAGGGCCGAGUGGCUUCCUCUUGUUCCUUGUUUGUAUGCAUUCAACACUGUGUGAUUUAAGGGGGAGUUUCAAGUGAUGGUAAUCCCAUUAGAUUGGCAUUUUCUCACCUUCGAUUAGUUGAUAACACAUUUCCUUGUAGGGAUGAAUUCAGGACUCUGGAGUGAGAGGAAAAGAAGGAUAAUUACCAUAAUUUGUGAAAGCAUACUCCAUAAAUUGUGUCUCCUCUUAACAUCCCAUUAUCGUGCUUGCUCCUGUAGCAUAAUCUACAAAAUGUUGACUUCGGUCACAGCCAGGGGCUGUUUUGACAAAUGCUAUGCUUUCAUUACAUAUUUAAACAAUUGUGCUUCCUAAAACUGUACAUUGCAAUGUUUUUUACAUUCUUAGAGUCAUAGUCAUAGAGUCACAGCACAGACCUUUUGGUUCAACCAGUCCAUGCCGAACAUAAUCCAAAACUAACCUAAUCCCACCUGCCUGCUCUGGGCCCAUAUCCCUCCAAAUCUUUCCAAUUCAUAUACUUAACCAAAUGUCUUUCAAGCAUUGUAAUUGUACCCAUAUCAAUGACUUCCUCAGGAAGUUCAUUCCAUAUGCAAACCACCCUCUGUAUAUAAAAAAAAUUGCCCCUCAUGUCUUUUUAAAAAUCUUUAGAAAUCCUCUCAUCUUAAAAAUGUGCACACUAGUCUUGAAAUCCCCCAUCCUAGGGAAAGGACAACUGCCAUUACCUCUAUCUAUACACCCUAUUAUUUUAUAAACUUCUAUAACCUCCUUCAGUCCGGUGAAAAAUAGUCCCACUGGGGUGCUAUACUGCCAUUUUGGUCUUAACAAAAAAUCUUUACUUAUUAUUAUGAACUCAUAAUUGGCUUAUGACCCUUUGCAAAAUUAGCCAUUGGGGCAGAUGAGGUGCUUUUUAAAAUUUGUUCAGCAAGAUCUAGAAUAAACUAACCAAAAGAGUGGUGAAAGCAGAUUCAAUAGUAAAUAUCAAGGGCACUAAAUAAAUGCUUAAAAAGAAACCCCUUACAGACGGUGGGCAAAGAGCAGGGGUGCUAAUUUAGUUAAAUAGCUUUCAAAGAACCAGAACAAAGAUCCUUCAUCUGUGUUGCAAUAAUUUAUGACACGAACACCGGAAAAGAAAUAUUGAAAAUCAGUGUCCACUAAUAAAGCUGUUGGAUAAUAUUACGUUCCAUGUGAUAGCACUGCAGCUAAUUUCAUUGGAAUAUGAUAGUUCUAUUUAAUAGGCGUUGAAUGGAAAUGUAUCAGGUACAUUACCACACCAGGGAACCAGUAUUUUUCAAUUAUAAGGUAUCCACUUGUUUCACAAAACAACAUCUAUUGUCUUUAAGCAACUAGACUAUCUUUCUUCAAAACAACAGUAUCUAUUUUAGUCACUCAGAACAAGAACCACCCUUCAAGAAGAUUUCUGUUUAUCCCUCUGGGAACCAACUCCAUAAAUACCUGAGAAGUGACUCACAGAAAACUUACAGGCAAAUAGCUGUCUAUUUGUGUAUUGUUCCGGGGGCAUUAAAAGUGAUCUAAUUUCUAAAGUAAUUAAUAGAGAAGUAUAGUCAUUGGACUAUGUGUGUCUAAGAUUAAUUAAAUCAAUCCCUCCCUGGGGAUAUCGAUUUAGGUCAGCUAACACCAUAAAACUGUACAUAUGUUGUUAAUAAAAAGGUGCUUGGGAAGGAGAUAGAGUCUGUAACACCAUCUCAUAUGAUGGUAUAAAUGUUCAAGAUUCAUCGUUAUGGCUUAUACCCUUUUAACACUAACCUAAACACUUAUCUGUUGCUUUAAGGACCACUCCAGGGUUGUGGAUCCUGAGGUGAUAAAGAUUCUGAUGUUGGAUCCACGCACUUUCCAAUAGGUAGUGUUUGAAUGGGUGUGUGGGUGGGAUGCUCAAUUUUCACACUGUUUCCAUCCACUGUUUAUGCAUAACUCCAUCACCCAGACCUGUGGGAGAUACUCGGAAGGGUUGGCAUCUUUGCAGCAGCAGCUUCUCAAAUUUGGGCAGUUUUAGCAAGAUGUUUUUACAAGUUGAUGGGGAUGUUGGUUUUUUCAGGAAGGCUUUGUGGAAGGCUUUCCUCCGACCUCUGGUAACUGUGAUGAAGCUCAGAGGACAGCUCUUGUUUUGCCAAACAGACAAUGUUCAAGCGUAUGGACAAUGUAGCAGCUGAUGGAACCAGCACCUUGAUGGACUGAGAGAGAAGAAAGGUGCUGGAGCACCUAUCAUACCGCUGAAUCUUUUUAGUGCUAUUUCUCUCGGGAUUUGAGGUGUCUGCUAUACACUUUCAUGUCUGUGAUGCAUACAGGGGGUGUGGGGUGGUGGGGGAAGCAGGUAACACUGAUGCCCUGCAGAUCAUGAUCCUGGUGCUGGGACUGAGAUCUGUGUUCAAUGCUUUAUUCCUCAGGUGGCCAAUGUUGGUGCUGGUCCACUGAAGGUGAUGUUGAGUUUUAUCCUUGAUAUCUGCCCUUGCUCAGAGGAGAAAGCCUAGGUGUGAGAAUUGAUCAUUGAACAUAAGAAUAUAAGAAGUGGGACUAGCCAUCUGGCCAGAAGAGCCUGCUCCAUCAUUCAGGAAGGUCAGGGCUCAGCUUCACUUAUCCACUGCUCACCAGGAGUCUUGAUUCCUUUACUGUUCAAAAAUCUGUCUUUGUCUUAAAAACAUUCAAUAACGUAGCUUCAACUGCUUCAUUGAUCAGGAAAUUCCACAGAGCCACAACCCCAAGGGUGAAGAAUGGUUUACCAUGGAUUUUAAUAGCUUUAGAUUAGAUUACUUACAGUGUGGAAACAGGUCCUUCAGCCCAACAAGUCCACACUGACCCGCCGAAGUGAACCCACCCAGACCCAUUCCCCUACCUUUACCCCUGCACCUAACACUGCGGGCAAUUUAGUGUGGCCAAUUCACCUAACCUGCACAUUUUUGGACUGUGGGAGGAAACCGGAGCACCCAGAGGAAACCCACGCAGACACGGGGAGAAUGUGCAAACUCCACACAGUCAAUCGCCUGAGGCGGGAAUUGAACCCGGGUCUCUGGCGCUGUGAGGCAGCAGUGCUAACCACUGUGCCACCAUGCCGUUUGUUGUGGGGACAGCAGUGUUGUGUGAUGGAGGUAGGCUGGUAGAGGAAACUGUUGGUUUCUGGAUGUUUAUCCUCAAGCCCAUUCUCCCAUGCACCUGUAAGUAUAGUGACAGUGAUUUUGGAGCCAGACCUAUGAAUGUGCGCACAGGCAAGCACUGCCUAAUCGGUUGGGUUAAUCUUGGUUCUAGACUGGAGGUGUUCUGUAGAUUCACUGCACACCAGCAUGGAGCUUAAUGGAGAUAGAUAGAGUAUUUAUCCUGAAGAAGAUGGAAAUAGUGUUGGUGCAAUGGCAUAGCCUUGCUUGACUCCAGCUUGCACUCUAUUGGGUCUGUGCUGGAUCUGUUUGGUGACACUCACCACUUGUACAUCAUUGUGCAGCAGGCAGAGGAUAUUAAGGAACUUCUGUGGGCAGUCAAAUGUAAGGAAGAUUCUUCAUAAUUCCUCUUGGUUGUUGAAGUGAAUUGCAGUAAUCCUCUGGGUCAUCCAGCUUCCUUUCUGAAUCCUGUUGUCAAACACUGCUUUAUCUAAGGCCCUUCUUAUAGAUACUGGGUUUAUAAAAACCAGCCCCAGAUAAACUGUGCUCAUCAUUGCUGUAAAGUUCGUACAAUUUUGAAUGGCAUCAGACCGUGACUGGACAGAUGAAAAGAGAUCAAUUGGUAUCCUUACCCCAGGAGCUAAUAGGAAUCUGACGUUGUGGUUCUGUUCGCCGAGCUGGAAGUUUUUGCUGCAAACGUUUCGUUCCCUGGCUAGGGAACAUCAUCAGUGCUAUUGGAGCCUCCUGUGAAGCGCUGCUUUGAUGUUUCUUCCGGUAUUUAUAGUGGUUUGUUCUUGCCGCUUCCGGGUGUCAGUUUCACUCUACCUAGUGGAAUGAACGUUUUCUCUUGUCUUUUCGCGAAUUAUAAGUGCCUUAUGUGAUUGAAAUUUGGGGUGAGAGUGGAGUUCACAGCAAAAUUAAAAACUGUCAUCUUACUUCACAUGUUUCUUCCUUCUCAGUCAUUAUUCAAAAAAGAUGACAGUGUUCACCACCUGGGGUACUUGGUCAGGAUCAAGUGAGUAUGGGAGAUUACCGCUAACGCCACUCUCUGCCUGGAAAGCACUGCUGUAAGUAAGACAGGAUAUCACAAAUAAUUGUGCUUUAGACAGCUUGCUGCCUUGGGAUUUUCUCUCCUGGCAUUUUUCCUCUGUCUCUUUGACAUGUGCUAUCUUUUGAAGGAAAUGGAUUCAUUUUCUUUAGUUGCGCAAAAAACCUUCUCCCAGUGCUUCCUUUAACUGCCAUGGGAGUGUACCUCAACCUUGAGCUCUCCAGACAGAAUUCACUCUCAUAUUGUGUGCCAGGCAAGCUGGCCUAAGGACUAAGCCAACUCAGUUAUGAAUGUUUCAAUAUGGUGUGUGACAAGACAGUCUGGAUCAGCAUCUAGUGUCUGGUAUUUUGUCCUGCCACCUGAUUGUCAGAAUCUUACAAAGGCAGUUCAAUUUAAGCUUCUUGGCAUGAUGCCAGUACGGUCCAAAGUCUCACAUGUAGAACAGAGUGGACAGGGCUUUUGCUCUAGAGACUUUCCAUUUGGACGGACAUUUUUCAUUCCUGCACUAAUAGCCGAGAGUUACACUUGCUUUGGCAAUUCUGACCACCACUCAUUGUCAAUAUAUCCUUUGUCAAUGGAUCAAAAGAGUGUGCAGUGGUGAUAAGUAAACACUAAUACCUCUCAUAGGCUCUAGCCAUAGUUUGGGGCCUUGCUUUCCUGGAGCAGACAUUACUUCAGUAUGCUACGCACUGAUCAUGAAGCCAAAAUUGUGGCCUAUAUUGAAAAACAUGUCAAUGCAACAUUGCAUGCCAAUCUGUGAACCGGGACCUAGACCAUAGUCAUUGGCAAACAAGAAAUUAAUUAUGUCCUUGUUCUUUGCCUGGAAUCAUCUUAAAUUAAGCUACCUCAUAUCUACACGAUAUCCAAUUUUGAUUCCAGGAUUCCCAUCAUGGAAUGCAUCGGAGAACGUGGCAGCGGAAAAAGUGCUGAAGAGAGCUGGCGAAAGUGUGUGCCAGAAACUCAUUAUCAAGCAGUCUGUGAAUGGGCACAUCAUCAUGAAACUGCUAAGUUAUUAUGAUGAAUUUCUCAAGACAAGCAAAUUUUUCCAUGUGCAAGCUGAAAUGGUGAGGAUGGCUAUUUGGUCAUUUUAUGUUGUGCAUCCACAGAUGCCCUGCCAUCCUUCUUACUUUCUUGAUUAAUUACAGAAAUUAUGCCUGCACUAUGCAAUCUGAGUCUGUACAAUACACACUGAUCAUACUUGUGGACAGAAGAUUGAAGAAGCACUUCUCGAUAUCAGUUAGUUAUACCACCGUGCGCAUGAGACUCCUGGUUUCACUGCCAUAGUUGAAAACAACAAUUUGGGUGUACUUAUUGAAUAGCAAUCAAGGAGAAAGUGAGGUCUGCAGAUGCUGGAGAUCAGAGCUGAAAAUGUGUUGCUGGAAAAGCGCAGCAGGUCAGGCAGCAUCCAAGGAGUAGGAGAAUCGACGUUUCGGGCAUGAGCCCUUCUUCUUCUUUAUUGAAUAGCAUUAACAAUUUUACAUCUUGCUACAAGAUCUCCUCUGCGAGACUUCAUUUCUAUGGUGUACAAUACAGUUUUAUCCAGUCCUUAACCACAACUCUGGCAUCCUGACACAAUCAGUUUUAUCAUUAAUCUCUGGACUACCUCCAGCACUUGGCCAAUAUUUACCAACCAGGGUUGGAUAGUCUGACCAGCGAACUAUAAAGUUCCUUAUUACCUCAUCUAACUUAUGAUUUAUUAUCUGGGUUGUCUAAUUCAACAGUUUAUUAGUUCUGUUCAUUCCUGCCCUGAGUUGGCUUGAUGUCGUGCUAAAGGCAGCUCUUGAAUCUUAUUCAGCUUAAUUCUUGGAUAUUUUAACAUUAAGUAUAAAAUUCUGACCUAUUUUACACUUAUCUGCAUUAAAUUUCAUCUGCCAUAUUGUCUAAUUCACUUCCAUAUUUGGUUCAACUUUGUACAAUUGCAUAAAUUGUCUUCUGACUCUUCUCAACUGCCUCCUCUGUUUCACCUUCCUCUCUACUGAUUUAUUUACUUUGCAUUUCUGAAUCCACUUACAUCAUUUGGAAACUGUGAUUGAAAAGAGGAGGCUUGAGUUUCUCCAUUCAGCGCUGCUGCAAUUAAGGCUUAACUUGCCUCAUGAUUACUCACUGAAUUGAAUCCUUCAACCAGUGGCUGAUCAUUCCCAUGGCUUUCAAUUUAAUGACCAGCCAUUCCUGUUUUACCUUUCAGAUCAGACUUCUUGGAAAGUUGAGGGUCAAUGUGUCAUAGAGUUUACCAUAGUUCCAGUGAAUUGUCACUUCCAGAAAGAAACAAGCUAAAAGAAAACUUGCAUUCGUACAACACCUUUGCAAUACCUCAGGAUUCCCAAUGCAAAAAAUUAGGCAUUCUUGAAGUGUAAAGUCACUGUAAGUAAUGCAUGAUGUACUCGCAAACAAUGUAGCAAACAUUUCUGCACAGGAAACCUCCUCAGAUGGCAGUAAAAUGAAUGGCCAAGUAAUGGCAUAGAUUAGGGGUUAAAUGUUAGCUGAAUCACCAAGGAGUAAUACCCAGCUCUUCUUAGAAUAGUGCUAUGGGUCCUUUUACAUCCAUAUGGAAGGAGAAAGUGAGGACUGCAGAUGCUGGAGAUCAGAGCUGAAAAUGUGUUGCUGGAAAAGAGCAGCAGGUCA